GAUGCAACGUAACAAAUAAAAAUACAAAUGGUUGACACAAAUUACAAAUAUAAUGUCUGUUUAUAAUGUCUUGCCACAUGGGCCAACAAUCAAUGUAAGUCAUUUAAUAUAUCAUUUUGUUAAUGUUAUUCUAUGAUUUUCACUCAUCAUAGUAGGUACCUAGUUCUUUCUGCUAUAGUUGUAACAUGUACGGAUCAACUAUAUAUUCUUCCAUUGGUUAUCACUAGGGUUCGGAUUUGAAGGCAAAUGCCUUUCUUUUAUUAAUCAUAAUAGAAAAAUAAUUUUUAUACAAAAAUGUGUUUCAUUUAAUUUCUUAGACGAUGGAACCUUUUUUUUUUUGCCUUUUUUUGCCUUUUUACUUAUAAAUGCCUUUUUGCCUUUUUUUACCUUUUGUACUUAUAAAUGCCUAUUUUUUGUUUAAUUUUUCAGUUGAUUUUAUAAUUUUACACACAGCUUGCGUAUAUAGCUACAAAUGGGUUUUAUUAUUCGCAAUAUUUAUCGAUAUCGUCUUAUCGAGUAUAUUUAGGUAUUUACUGAGGACAGCCUAUCAAAAUACAUGGUAGUCAAUUUUUUUUUAAUACCAACUAGUUUAUUUUGCAUGCAGUUUUAAUUUUUAAUUUGUAUUUGUCUCAAAAUGUGUGCAAUUGAAAGUGUUUAAAAAAUGUUCUUUUUUUUAUUUUGUAGUAUAUUUAUGAAUUGCCUUUUUAUAUAAAUUAAAUGCCUUUUUUUGCCUUUUUUUACAUUUUAAAUGCUUUUUUUAUUGAUUAUAUUGCCUUCAAAUCCGAACCCUAGUUAUCACUGAUACCAAAUCAACAUUUAUUUUGUUUUAAACCAGCAUGUGGUUUAAAUUAUAUCAUAAAUUCACAUUAUUUUUAUAUUCUUAUAAUUAGAUUAACUAAUAAAGCAACUUUAAUUUACAUAUUAAACUUGUAUGACAUGAAAUUUCUAAGCUAGUAUAAAGUACGAAAUAGUUUGUAAAGUAAUUUUGGUUGCCUACCCUUGACGCCUUCAAUAUUUUCGGUAGAUAAGCUUUCUACAAGUUCAAUCUAUCGAAUGGUCCUUUGAAAUCAUCGUCUACCCUACAAUUAGGUUCCAGGGAAAUAUAAAAAAAAUCUCAAAUAAAUACAUUAUAUAGUUAUAUAAUAUAGAUCAUGUUAUAAUGGUAUGUCAUGCUGUGAUAAGAGACAUCGUGAUAACACAUGUGACUUUUGCAAUAUAAUCACAUUAUUUAAGCGACUUUCUUUUUAUCCUAUUCCAUCAUGUGUCAUUUAAACUGUAUAGUGGUAUUAUGUAUUAAAUAGUGUAUCAAUAAUAUACUACAGAAAUACCACUUUAGUUUGAAGAAAAUUUAUUAUAAAUGUUCUUAGGCAUGCAUUUAUAUUUCUUAAAUUAUUAUUAAUUUAUAUUUAUAUAAUUGUAUUGUCGUGGUUAAUUGUGUUAAUAUCAUUCUGUAGGUAUCUAAUUUGUAAAAUAUUUUUUUUCUUAUAGGAGAAAUAACCAAAGAAUAUGAAGACAUAGAAACCACUAUAUUACUACCAAAUGAGAAUGGUGAAGCAAGGAUCCUACAUGACUGCAAAUUCAAUAAACCAAACAUAUAGUAAAGAAAAUACGUACGAAAAUGUCAUUAUAUCAUUUCAUUUAACUUUUCUCAAUUUUACUGAGAAUGGCAGUAAAAUAGUUCAUGAACAAUUGAUGUUAUGGCCAGAAUCGAAACAAGGCUACUUGCUAACGCUGUUUAAAGAGUUACAAUUCCAGAAUAAAUCUAAGGAAUACUGGACUAAAACAAAGUGGUGCAUGAAAUAUUACAAUCUGCAACCGAUUGAAGAUACCACAUCUGUAACCAAUCCACCUUUACAGAAUAAAUAAAAAACUAGUUGGUUUUAUAGAAAUGUUAUUUUAUUUAAUAUGAUCUUUAACUGUAUUUUAAAAAUGUAUAAUAUUUACAAAAACCAAGGAACAUAUGCUAUAUACUAAUAUUAUAUUAAAAGUGUUAAUCAGUCCAUUUAAAUUAUUAUUUUUUUUUAUUUAAAUAUAUGAUGCAUAGAAUAAGUACAUAUAAAGUAUAAAAAUGUAUUAACAUUAAUGUAUAGGAAUAAUAUAUUUUAUGAAUUUACAAAAAAUAUACUGGUGUAUAAAAUAUUAA